GUCACGCAGGAACACAAGCCAAGAUGGCGACGUACGCCGAAACAGGAAAGAGGUUUCACUUCAAAUAAAAUUGAUCCUGAGUGUAGCUUUUUUGGUCGGAGUGUCAGCUCGGUCAGGUGUCAUUUUGGAUUUCGUAAAGACGGGACGGAGCAGAUACCGAGGAUAAAUGGCUGCGAGGAAGUCUGGCACAGAUGUGUACAACAAUGGACCCAUCAGCUACCUUGAUGAUGUUCCCUUCAAGAUAAAUGAUAAAUUUCGCUGUCCAGCCAAAGUGGGGUUACCUGUUGGUUUCUGUAUGCCCGAUUGUAGCCUGCUUGCAGACACACAGUAUGACUUUUCAUUGGAGAGGCGGCAUGUACGCUGGGGUAUAGAACUUGCUGAGGCCCAAGCAGCAGCCGCCAGAGCAAAGGAGGCAGCAGCCAAGCAGGAAGAAGAGAGCAGGGAUUCUCAGGACAUCGAUGGUGGCAGUUGUAGUGGUGGGUUAAGCUCUCGGUCUGCUGCAGAGGACCAGGACCUGCCCCCACCAGCAAUGAACCCUGUUCUGGCGGGGCUGAGCCACAAUGCCAUUCUCACUCCACUGCCUGCUCCUAGCCUUGGCCCUAGAAAAGCCCAGCCCAGCAGUCCACAGUCACACAACCUCAAUCUAGCUGACUUUGAGCGGGAAGAAGACCCCUUUGACAAGCUGGAACUUAAAACUUUGGACGAUAAGGAAGAGCUUAGAAACAUCCUACAGAGCCAGCCUCAGCYGCCUCCGUCUGUAUCCCCACCAGAGGUGUCUCAGCAGGGGUCCGCAUCUCGUGGAAACAGCCCAUCUCCAACCAGCACCAACACAAAUGUGUCYGCCAAACCAGGCUUUGGCCACAAACCGAACGGCCUGGUAGCCUUGCUGGACAUGGACAAAGUUGGACAUCCUGGAAGAGUAGGGUUCGACACAGACGAYCGACCCUGCAACAUCCGCUCUCUGACUUUUCCCAAGCUGUCUGAUUCUGCUGACCCAGAGCCAUUAAGAUACAGCCCUCUCCCCACGUCCGCUCCAGCAUCUCGACAGAUUCUACCCAAUGGGAGCUCGCCGACUCUACCAAAAACACAAGUUAUUGUUGCUCCUGAGCCUGCCAGCAACAGCAAGAGUGCCACUUCCAAGCCGGCCAACCCUGGGUCAGGAUCCUCUGGUCUGCCGUGUGGCGGAGCUCUUCUGAGCAUGACACCCAGCGAACGUCAGUGUGUGGAAACGCUUGUGGGCAUGGGCUACUCGUACGAAGAAGUCCUACGGGCCAUGCAAAGACAAGGACAGAAUGUGGAGCAGGUGCUGGACUAUCUGUUUGUCCAUGGUCGUCUGUGUGAGCGAGGCUUUGAUGCCAGUGCAGUGGAAGAAUGUUUAGACAUGUACCAGUGCUCAGAAGAAAAGGCCUUGCAGUAUCUGGAGCUCAUGUCGCGAUUUGGUGAAAUGGGAUUCGAGCGAGACGCCAUCAAAGAGGUGCUGCUAGUGCACAACAAUGACCAGGACAAGGCUCUGGAGGACCUGAUGGCCCGCGCUGCUGCUAGCUGAGCCAAGCCGGUCGGCUAAGCGAGCUCCUCCCAGGGCAUGCUUCCUGCUACCAUCCUACUCCAGCCCCUUUCCCUCUGCCCACCUCAUCUCACAAUGCCCUGCCCUCUGCCUCGGCUGUGGACAGGACAGCUGGGAGACCUUUCUUUCUGUGCUAAAAUGUUUCAGCACUUUUGAAAGUUUAUGUGCCUAGAUUGGACUGAGGUAUUUGUAACCAUAUGUACAAAAAAAUGUGGUUUUGGGUUUAGGUCACUGAACAGCACAAAGUAGGAGAGACUGGAAGAUGUGGCUAUUUUUUUUUUAAUUUGUGCCACUCUAUUGCUGCUUCUUCAUGAGGGAAACUGCAGAAUUGAACAGAGAGGAAGUGGUGGUUGGCUGGUAUGAACUKCGAAGACUCCCAAACCACAAAGCUGCCAUCUUCAGUUUCUGACUGCAGACCUAGUAAAUGGCGUGGGCGUAGGGGGAGCCGAGUGGAGGCUCUCUUUCAAACUGAACCAAUUUGUAGUAAAAGCGAAAAUAAAAGGCACAGUUGCCGCAGAGUGCUGACUMUCAAGAAGUGCCCUCUGAGCUGUUGUGCCCAGGACCUAUUUCUGUUCUACUUACAUUUGUCUUAUUUUUCUGUUCACCUUUUGUUUUUUKGGACACUUUUUGUUUCUGUUUAAAGGUUCUAUUUCUUUGCUUUCUGUUUUAGGAAUUGCAUAAUUGAUCAUUAUUAGUCAUGAUAACUCAAAGMAGAGGAGUUCUCUUGGACGUGCACUGGAACAGCCAGCUACAGUCGGCAGAGAUGGGCGUGGGGAAGGAGGGUGUUCCUCUGUGGAGAUUUAAAAAAAAAAUCUCACACGGUCACCGAUGUACCACACGUUUCGUGAUUCUCAUUUUAUUUAACAUAGUUCACUGACACUUUGAUUUAAGAGUUUGACACGAUGAUGUAAGAUUUGUUAACUUACAAAAUGUGAUGCUAUAAGUUGUGCAAGUUAGAUUUCAGACUGGAGAAGAGUGGGAGGUUAAAACACAGAAGAAGGAAAUAAAGUUAGGGUUGUUUGCGCAGCCACAUCACAGUGCAAUAGAAACAUUUCAUGAGGUAUGACUGUUGACCGGCACUUUGAGCCUCAAAAAAGUAUUGGAAGAAACAGAAUUGUCUUUAAGCUUUGUUGGGAUUGACAGAAACGUUUUUAUUUUGGUGAUUGUUUUUUUUAAUCUUUCAUUGUUACUGAAGUUCAUACAAAAUCUAAUCAAACCCAGAUAAUUAACUUACUUUUGUGUUUUGAUUUUACUUUUUGAUGGGCAUCCCUCUUUUCUAAAUGGAAAUAUUUCAAACAAGAAAGUGACAUUUUCCCUAGAUUUUAAUUGGAUACAGUUGUGUCAACAGAAGUAAUUUUUUWAAAUAAAUUAUCUGAUAUUGGGUCUUCUGAGUUCAGGCUGUUGAAAACAUGUCUUCUCAGUUGUACUAAAAGCAGGAAUGACUGAAAUCUCUAAUUAUUUGAGCUUUGUGAUUUUUGACAUCGCUUGUGAGGGGCAUUCUAACAGCUUAAGGGCUCAAAUUUAGCAAAAAUGUGACUCUUAAAAUGCUACUUAGCCUAAGACUGGACCAGUACUUUGUAAACCAAUCACACAUAAGAACUUUAUCCAAACUACAACCUGUUUGAGAUCCGACCAGUGAAACUCUUAAUUGUGAAAUGUAAAAAAUAAUCAAGUGUUUUUGACACCAUGAAUUUUCACUGAAGCUACAAAAAUGAGACCUGCUUGUGGUAAAUUAUCUUCCCAGACCACACACACACACACACACACACACCGUGCAACAUUUCCUGAAUCUGUUCAACUUAAAAUUUCCUGUAAAAUGUUCCUUCCUGGUGCGGGUGAUUAAACACGAAUCAAUACGGAAAGUUGGUAAAGUUUCUUCAACCAGCACUUUAGGUAUGACGUGAUUGAAAAGUGAUUUUAUUUUAUUUGCCUUUCUAUUUACUGUGAUUAAAAUCAAAAGGGUAUACCAAUGUCACAAAA